UCUAUCCUGCAGAUGGCCGGAUAGCUUCUGCUAGCUUUUAUUCUCAUCUUUUUUUUACUUCUAAAUGAAAUGUAUUUAAGUCUCGCCUUUUGACAGCGUUUCUGUUAAACUAGUAUUUUAUUCUGUUGAUUUCCCACAUGUUAUUGUGAGUGUAUUGUGUGUGUUUUGUACAGUAUUUAUUUGGUAGCAGCUAGCCCCGUUAGCAUCUUUGUUGUGAGUUUAGGCCUCGCCGUUUCACCGGCUGUCGAUUUUAACAAUAGCCGGAAAACACCCCCCUCUCCUCGGCUUGUUUUCAUCACAUUUCAAGGGAUUAUCUCUCAAACAAACAUGGAGGAUAAACAGGUCUGGAUGCCUUUCAGCAACUGAGACGGUUUGUUAUGCUGGAGGAUAUUUAAUUUCACCUGGAAUUGAAGAUAUUUUUUGAGAAGAGGAUCAUAUUUUAGGAUCACAAAGAAAAGAUGUCUAACGGCGCAGGAUGGCUGGAGUCUGCGAAUGGCAAAGGGGAUUCUGCAAAGAUGGACACUCCCAAGAAGUCGAGCUCCAAGCUUUCUGUGGAGCGAGUUUAUCAGAAGAAGACGCAGCUGGAGCACAUCCUCCUCCGCCCGGACACCUACGUGGGCACCGUGGAGCCCAUCACCCAGCAAAUGUGGGUUUUUGAUGAAGAAAUAGGAAUGAACCAGAGGGAGAUCACCUUUGUCCCGGGGCUGUACAAAAUCUUUGAUGAAAUCCUGGUCAACGCAGCAGACAACAAACAGAGAGACAAGAACAUGACGGGCAUUAAGAUCACCAUUGACGCUGAGUCCAACACCAUCUCGGUGUGGAACAACGGUAAGGGGAUCCCGGUGGUGGAGCACAAAGACGAGAAGAUGUACGUUCCUGCGCUCAUCUUCGGACAAUUACUCACCUCCAGCAACUACGACGACGACGAGAAGAAGGUCACAGGUGGAAGGAACGGAUACGGAGCUAAACUCUGUAACAUCUUCAGCACCAAAUUCACUGUGGAGACGGCCUGCAAAGAGUACCGGCACAGCUUCAAACAGACGUGGCUGAACAACAUGUCAAAAACCUCGGAGCCUAAGAUCAAGUUCUUCGACGGAGAGGACUUCACGAUCGUGACGUUCCAGCCCGACCUGUCCAAGUUCCAGAUGGAGAAACUGGACAAAGACAUCGUGGCUCUUCUGACCCGCCGAGCGUACGACAUCGCAGGGUCCUGCCGGGGCAUCAAGGUCACGCUCAACGGGAAGAAACUGCCCAUCACUGGUUUCCGCAGCUACGUGGAUCUGUACGUGAAGGACAAAGUAGACGAGAUGGGCGUUGCUCUGAAGGUUGUGAACGAGAAGGUGAACGACCGCUGGGAGGUUUGUCUCACGCUCAGUGAAAAAGGAUUCCAGCAGAUCGGCUUCGUCAACUGCAUCGCCACCACCAAGGGCGGCAGACACAUCGAUUAUGUUGUGGAUCAGAUCGUCCAUAAACUGAUUGAAGUGGUGAAGAAGAAGAACAAAGCGGGCGUCACGGUGAAGCCUUUCCAGGUGAAGAACCACAUCUGGGUGUUUGUGAACGCGCUGAUCGAGAACCCCAGCUUCGAUUCUCAGACGAAGGAAAACAUGACGCUGCAAACCAAAAGCUUCGGGUCCAAAUGCGUCAUGUCAGAGAAGUUCGUCAAAGCUGCGACUAACUGUGGGAUCGUGGAGAGCAUCUUGAACUGGGUGAAGUUCAAAGCUCAGACGCAGCUCAAUAAGAAAUGUUCCUCUGUGAAGUACAGCAAGAUCAAAGGAAUCCCAAAACUGGACGACGCCAACGACGCCGGAGGGAAACACUCGGCUGAAUGCACCCUCAUCCUGACGGAGGGCGACUCCGCCAAGUCUCUGGCUGUCUCCGGACUGGGAGUCAUCGGACGAGAUCGAUACGGAGUGUUCCCGCUGAGAGGAAAGAUCCUGAACGUGAGGGAGGCCACGCACAAACAGAUCAUGGAAAAUGCUGAGAUCAACAACAUCAUUAAAAUCGUGGGCCUCCAAUACAAGAAGAGCUACGAAGACCCCGAGUCUCUGAGGAGUUUACGCUACGGUCGCAUCAUGAUUAUGACCGAUCAGGAUCAAGAUGGCUCCCACAUCAAAGGCCUGCUCAUCAACUUCUUCCACCACAACUGGCCGUCUCUGCUCAAACACACCUUCCUGGAGGAGUUCAUCACCCCCAUCGUCAAGGUAAACAAGAGCAAGCAGGAGUUUGCCUUCUACAGUAUCCCUGAGUUCGACGAGUGGAAGAAAAACACAGAGAACUUUAAAACCUGGCACAUAAAGUACUACAAAGGUUUGGGUACAAGUACAAGCAAAGAGGCCAAGGAGUAUUUUGCAGACAUGGAGAAACACCGCAUCACGUUCAGAUACAGCGGAGCGGAGGACGACGCUGCCAUCACUCUGGCGUUCAGUAAGAAGAAGACGGACGACAGGAAGGAGUGGCUCACAAACUUCAUGGAGGACCGACGACAGAGGAGGAUGCACGGCCUGCCAGAGCAAUACCUGUAUGGGACUCAGGCGCGACACCUCUCCUACAACGACUUCAUCAACAAAGAACUGAUCCUUUUCUCCAACUCUGACAACGAGCGGUCCAUCCCGUCGCUGGUGGACGGUCUGAAGCCGGGCCAGAGGAAGGUGCUGUUCACCUGCAUGAAGAGGAACGAUAAGAGGGAAGUGAAGGUGGCUCAGCUGGCCGGAUCCGUGGCUGAAAUGUCUGCCUACCAUCAUGGAGAGCAAGCUCUGAUGAUGACCAUCGUGAACUUGGCUCAGAACUUCGUUGGCAGCAACAACGUGAACAUCCUGCAGCCGCUCGGUCAGUUCGGUACUCGCAUCAACGGAGGAAAAGAUGCUGCCAGCCCUCGAUACAUCUUCACCAUGCUCAGUCCUCUGGCGAAGCUGCUGUUCCCGUCCGGAGAUGCCAACCUGCUGAAGUUCCUGUACGAUGAUAACCAGAAGGUGGAGCCGGAGUGGUACAUCCCCAUCAUCCCCAUGGUGCUGGUGAACGGGGCCGAGGGCAUCGGCACCGGGUGGGCCUGCAAACUCCCCAACUACGACCCCCGAGAGAUUGUCAACAACAUCUACCGGCUGCUCAAACACCAGGACCCCCUGCCCAUGCUUCCCAGGUACAAGAACUUCAAAGGAGUGAUCCAUGAGCUGGGUCAGAACCAGUACCUGAUGAGUGGAGAGGUGUCGGUGCUCGACAGAACCACCAUCGAGAUCACAGAGCUUCCUGUGCGCACCUGGACUCAGUCGUAUAAGGAGUCCGUUCUGGAGCCCAUGCUGCAGGGAACAGAUAAAACUCCCGCUCUCAUCAACGACUAUAAGGAAUAUCACACGGACCAGACGGUGAAGUUCGUGGUCCGGAUGUCGGAGGAGAAGCUGGCUCAGGCCGAGUCCGUCGGGCUGCACAAAGUCUUCAAGCUGCAGUCAACUCUCACCUGCAACUCCAUGGUGCUUUUUGAUCACAUGGGCUGUAUGAAGCGUUACGACUCGGUUCAAGAUAUCCUCAAAGAAUUCUUCGACCUGCGUCUCCAAUAUUACAAACUGAGGAAGGAUUGGCUGCUGGGAAGUCUGGGAGCCGAAGCCUCGAAACUGUCCAAUCAGGCUCGCUUCGUCCUGGAGAAGAUCGAGGGAAAAAUCACCAUUGAGAAUAAAAGCAAGCGAGAGCUGAUCCGCAUGCUGGUGCAGAAAGGAUUCGAAUCAGAUCCAGUGGCUGCCUGGACUAAAGCUCAGGAGAAGGCUCAGGAGGAGGAAGAAGCUCGAGACGGGAACGAGAGCGACGGCUCGGUGGAUUCAGGAUCGGGACCGAACUUCAACUACAUCCUCAACAUGCCUCUGUGGUGCCUGAGCAAAGAGAAGGUGGAGGACCUGCUCAAACAGAGGGACCACAAGAGAUCAGAGCUGAACGACCUGGAUAAGAAAUCUCCGGAGGAUCUGUGGAAGGAGGACCUGGCCGUGUUUAUCGAGGAGCUCGAUAAAGUGGAGGCGCAGGAGCGCGAGGAUGAUAAUAUAGGGAAGGGAGUGAAGAUGGUGAAGGGGAAGGUGGGAAAGCCUAAAGCCAAGAAGCUGAACCUGGAGGAGACGCUUCCCUCUCUGUACGGACGGAGAGUGGAGCCUCCAACUCAGGCGCUGCGCUCCGAUUCUGCCAAGAAGCUGUCCAGGAAGAAGAAGGUGGACGAUUCAUCCGUGAAGAUGGAGUUUGAUGAGGAUGGUUUGGGCGUUGAGGCCGGAGUGGCUGGAGCGGCCGGAGCAGCAGAAAACUCCGCUGUAGUCCCAAAACCAAAAACUCCACGAGUGAGGAAAGACAAGAAAGAACCAGGUACUCCCAGAGUGAGGAAGACUCCAGCUCCCAAAGGAACGGCGGGUAAGAAGGUGAAGAAGAGGAACCCCUGGUCUGAAGACGAGUCGAAGUCCGAAAGUGAAGGGGAGGAAAUGCCCGUCAUCCCCCGAGAGACCAAGUCCCAGAGGGCCUCAGCUGCCAAGCCCAAAUACACGUUCGACUUCUCUGAGGAAGAGGGUGAUGAAGAUGAGGAGAAUGGCGACGAUGACGUGGUUUCUUCUCCGAUGAGGUCGUCUUUUAAAGAGGACUUCCCUUCCUCUGAGCCCAAGCCGAGCUUCAGCCUUGACGACGAAGACGACGACGACGACGAAGACUGCUUCUCUCCUCCCAAAAAGACCACGUCUGCACCAGAAGCUAAGAAGACAGAGACGAGCAGCAUCUUCAUGUCCAAGUCCAGCUUCUCUGAGAAGAGCAACGACAGCGACCACUCCAAUAAGUCGGACAGUGAGGACGACGUGAUCCCAGUGUUAUCCUCCUACUCCAGCAGCUCUGCGUUUGACAAAAUAUCACCAGCAAAAAAAGCAGCAGCAGCAGCUAAGAAGCCGUCUGAUUCCACUCCCAAACCGAAGAAGGCCCCGGCACCGAGAGCAAAGAAAGCUGAUAAAUCCAUCUUCGACUCGGACUCUGACACCGGGUCCAAGAAACCAGCAGCAGCAUCAGCCUCAGCUCCUAAAGGUGGUGCAGGGAGAGGCAGGGGGAGGAAGAGGAAGGGCUCUGGGUCUGAAGACGAGUACAGUCCCAUGAAGAAGGAGAGGACACCAGUCGGCAAAAAGCCCCAGAAACCUCCGUCAGACGAUGAAGACGAUCACUUCGUGAGCGGCUCGUCUGCAAGCCGUCCGGGUCGAGCCAAGAAGGAAGUGAGUUACUUUGUGGAUUCAGAUAACCCAGAAGAAGAAGACGACGACGACAUGUUCGAUUAAACACACACUCCAAACACACUCCACCCCCCACCUUGUGUUCCCCCCCCCCCCACAGACUUUUGUACAUUUCCUCCUUCGUUUUAUUUCCAUUAAUGGUGACGUUCAAUGAUUUUUAACGUGUGGUUGUUUUACACUUUUUCUUAUACAUAUACAGGUUUCUUUUUUUAUUGCUCAUUGAAAUGUUCCGUACUUGUCCGAAGCGGCUUUUAGAAGUUUAGACGGCGGUGCUUUAGCACUCUUUAAUUGUUAAAAUACUGUGUAACUUUUUGAACAUGAAGUAAACGAUGAAAUGUC